CAGGGCUGUCCUCCAGGUGUUUUCCAGGUGUUCUCCAGGUGUCUCCUGUUUCACUUGACUCCAAUAUCAGCAGCUCUCUGAGGGGAAAGAGAGGCGCUUAAAUCCCAGAGUGGAGGACGACGACACACCUGGCAGCGGCAGGACACCUGGAGAAACACCUGGACCAGGAAGACCAGCUUCUCUUCAUCAGUCUGUUAAUCUUUCAGAGGUUCCACCUCCGGUAGAGGAAAAGUUAUUGGGUCAGAACCGAGCAGAACCUGCAGUCGGAGCAUUUACCUGCCCAGGUGUGUCUCCUCUCUGUGGUUUUGCUGCUGAGCCCAGAGACUUCUUGGUUCUUCUGUGUGAGAUGAAGGAACCGGGCCGGGCCUCAGCCUGAACUCAGAUUGGUCUGGAGUUCAUCUGGAACCAGCAGGUUGAAAUUGGACCCGCGGCAGAGAACAGAGAACUUCAUGUUGUCGUUACCUGUCUGCUCUGAGCCAAUCAGGUGACAUCAUGGUGUUCCACCCUGAGUUUGAACGAGCAGGUAAAGAGGCGGGGCUUCAGGUGUGGCGAGUGGAGAACUUGGACCUGGCUCCUGUCCCUGAGAGUCUCUACGGACGGUUCUACACCGGAGACGCCUACCUGGUUCUGAGCAGCACCAGCAACCGCCGAGGAGACCUGCAGUACGACCUGCACUACUGGCAAGGUUCCGAGUGCUCUCAGGAUGAAAGCGGCGCUGCUGCCAUUCUUGCUGUCCAGAUGGACGACUUCCUGCAGGGGGCGCCGGUCCAGUACCGAGAGGUCCAAGGCCAUGAGUCCGGGACCUUCAGCGGAUACUUCAAAACGGGCCUGACCUACAUGAAAGGAGGCGUGGCCUCUGGGUUCAAUCAUGUGACCAAUGAGGUGGAAGUUCAGCGGUUGCUCCAGGUCAAAGGUCGCCGUGUUGUCAGGGCAACAGAGGUACCUGUCAGCUGGGGCAGUUUCAACCAGGGAGACAGCUUCAUCCUGGACCUGGGACAGGAAAUCAUCCAGUGGUCUGGUUCCCAUAGCAACAGAUUUGAGAAACUGAAGGCCACUUUGGUCUCUAAGAGUAUCCGUGACAACGAGAGGUGUGGGCGGGCCAACCUCCAGGUUGUCGAUGAGGGGGCGGAGCCAGACGAGAUGAUAGAGGUUCUGGGAGACAAACCGGACCUCCCCGAGUCCCACAGCGAAGACACCCAGACCGACACGUCCAACAGGAAGGUGGCGAAGCUCUACAAGGUGUCCAACGCCGGCGGGGACAUGGAGGUCACUCUGGUGUCGGAGCAGAACCCGUUCCCCCAACACGCCCUGGAGUCCAGCGAGUGCUUCAUCCUCGACAACGGAACCAACGGACGCAUCUUUGUCUGGAAAGGUAAGGACGCUAACGGCGCCGAGCGGCAGGCCGUCCUGCAGAACUCCGAGAAAUUCAUUCAGCAGAUGGAGUACCCACCCUACACCCAGGUCCAGGUCCUUCCUCAGUCCGGGGAGACUCCUCUCUUCAAGCAGUUCUUUAGGAACUGGAGGGACGCUGAAGACACCGUCGCCAUGGGAACGGCCUACAUCUCCAACAAGGUGGCAAAGAUUGAGAAGGUGCCGUUCGACGUGUCCAAGCUGCACCAAUCGGACUCCAUGUCAGCGCAGUAUGGGAUGGUGGACCGAGGAGACGGAGACAAAAAGAUCUGGAGGGUCGAAGGGUCCGGUAAGGUUCUGGUGGACCCGGCUUACUUUGGUCAGUUCUACGGCGGCGACAGCUACCUGAUCUUGUACCAGUACCAACAUGGCGGCAGGCGGCGCCACAUGGUCUACAUCUGGCAGGGGGCGGAGUCGAGUCAGGACGAAACCGCGGCGUCGGCCGUUCUGGCCGUCGAGCUGGACGACGAACUGGGAGGCGGAGCAGUUCUGGUGAGGGUGGUCCAAGGCAAAGAGCCCGCCCACCUGAUGAGCCUGUUUGGAGGCCAGCCCAUGGUGGUGUACCAGGGCGGCACCUCCAGGGAGGGCGGCCAGUCCGCCGCCGCCAACACUCGCCUGUUCCAGGUGCGGUCCAACCCGGCUGGAGACACUCGGGCUGUGGAGGUGAGACCAGUGGAACCCGGACGGGUGGGCCCGUCCUCGUCCCGCCUAAACUCCAACGAUGCGUUCCUGCUAACGGCGGCAGGGGGGGCGUGGCUGUGGAAGGGGCGGGGCAGCAGCGCGGCGGAGGCGAAGGGGGCCGAACACCUGGCCCGGGUGUUGCAGGUGAACCCCGCCCCGCUGGAGGAGGGGCAGGAACCAGACGGGUUCUGGGCGGUUCUGGGCGGGAAGGACGACUACUGCCGCGCCCCUCGGCUCAGCAACAAGAUGGACGCCCAUCCGCCACGCCUCUUCGCCUCUUCCAACAAGACAGGCACCUUCCAGAUGGAGGAGGUUCCGGGAGAACUGACCCAGGACGACUUGGCUCCUGAUGACGUCAUGAUCCUGGACACCUGGGACCAGGUGUUCGUUUGGAUUGGGAACGAGGCAAACAAGGAGGAGAAGAUGGAGGCCGCCGCGACAGCUGAGCUCUACAUCAGAACCGACCCGGCCAGCAGAAACCCGCUGACCCCCAUCGUGACCCUGAAGCAGGGAUUUGAACCAACGACCUUCACUGGUUGGUUCCUGGGCUGGAACCACGACUACUGGAGCCAGGACCCACUGGAGCGCUUCCUGCAGGCCCUGUGACAUCACUUCCUGUUUACAGUGCACCAGAGUGAAUAAAGCCCAGAGUGGCCCAGUUA